AUGCGUGGGCCCCCAUGUAGUAUCCAAAACGUCAUGUCUUCGCCUUUCCUAUCAGACUUCAAAGCUUGCCUUGCUAGUCACCAAUCCGAAACCGGCAUGACAGAUCAGCCGAAUUUGCAAGGCACCAAGUUGGGAACAGAGAGCCCCAUGAGUGGCAAAGCGUGUGGAGCAAAGUAUCGGAGAGCAACACCCGUGCAAUUCAAAGCUCACGGGCCCGCAACGCCUCAACUUCGAUUUCAUAUUGGCGUACAGACGUUUUCAGAUGUCCAACAAAAGGUCCCGGAGUGA